ACCAACCGGAAAAUCCGGCGUGCUCUUGCAAAUAAGAAACAUUAAAAUUCGAAUGAAAAAGUGUUAACUCAAAAGCAAAGCAACAUAAAAAGGUGGUGCAGCAGCAGCUGAAGCUCUCUGCCACUAAUUGCAAGACCACAACAACACAAUCGAAUAACAACAACACGGCUAAAGGCACCUUGCAAUCAACAACGCUACAAAAACAACACACGCAAGGCAAUCGUCAAGGGGCUAAUUGCGUUCGGCUGGGUGUGGGGUUGUUGUCAGACCCGUUGGAGCGGGGGUAAACAAAACGUAUACUUGGUGGAGUUCCGUGCAAAUUAAAGAGAACUUGUGGUCAAGUGAAUGAAAUGAAUAAAGAGCGGUGUAGAUAUAUUAAAAUAACAACAAUACAGGAGCGUCAUCUCAAGGCAGAACCGCAUUGCUAGCAGAGCCAAAAACAGCAGUUUUUCAUUGAAUAGGUAGCAGGCAGAAACGGCGGCAGCGGCGUCAGCAUUGCUGAUGUGAGUGUACACUAGAGAUGGGCGCGGGAUAUCGGACCCGCGGGAUUGAUUUCAAAAUGGCCGGGAUGGGCGGUAUCGGGAAGAUCUUUAAAAAUUUUGCGGGCGGGACGGGACAAAAAUACUUUCCCGACACCCGAAAAAUUUUGCACUUCGAAAGUUGAGAGAAUUUUCCUUAAAACCGUUUUAUGAAAAAGCGUUUUUUUAUGUUUUAGUGAGACGUCAAAGCAAGAAAAAUGUCCGAAGAUGCUAUUUCCUUCAUUGUUUAUUUUUUUUUAUUAUAUAAAGUUAGUUUAGAGACAUGUGAAUUAAUCUUAGUUGUAGACUUUGGGACCGACGGGCCCCGCGGUACAAUUCUGAAAAAUGUCGGGGGGUGCGGGUUCGGAACUUCAAAAUUGAAUCGCGGGAUGGGCGGGUUCGGGACCUAAAAAUAAUUUCGGGAUGGAUGGGAUCGGGAUUGAAUAUUUAGGCCCGUGCCCAUCUCUAGUGUACACAGCGGUAACGACGGCAUUGAGUAUGCCAACAGAAGAGUUCGUUCCAUCAAGACGUGAGCAAAGCAGCUGAAGAAAUACAAUAAGGAUUCGGGCAAAGAAUAUAUCUAUAAAAUGAUGCAAUUAAAAAAUUAAAAUUAAAGCAUUUAAUGAAAUUUAAGUGCAAAAGAUGUGUAUAAAAUUAUUUAAAUCGAACUAAAGAAGUGAAAUGGAAAAAAUUUGCUAAAAUGAAAUCGAGACUGCCGUACGUGAGGUGAUGAUGUAUGGUCUUGGAAAUGUGCGGUGAGCUGAGGUGAAGACAAAGGCAAGCAGCGCUGGCGCAAGCAAAUUGGAUGUAUGCGUGUGUGAAUAGGAAAUAAUUGUACCAAUACGGAGUUGAAAUAAUACAAAUUGUUGGCUGAAAUAUUUGGGAAGGAAAUAUGUACGAAAACCGCAUUUAAAAGUGCAAAUAAACUUUAAUUUUUUUACAAAAACAGCUAACAUGUGAGCACAUAUAAAAAGCAAUACAAUUAAACACUUAUAGCUGAAGAAGAAGCAGAAUAAGCAAAAGUGUAGAUAAGUAAUACAAGAAAAAGCAGCAACGCUAAGAAGCAUAUCAUUAUUUCGUUCAAGAGCAGAAAAGUGGCUGCCGAGCACAGAGAUUUAUGUAUGUGAAGUAGUGCACAUAAAAAAUUGAUUGAGCUUGAAAACGGAAAAAUAUCAGAAAUACUUGUAGGACAGUUGGUAAUCUAGAAGAUCUGUGAGAUAAACUAAAAUCUAAAAAGUACGUUAAAAGUGACCUAAUGCUACGUGUAUGCCGCGCUGUAAUUAGCCAGUGAACGUCAAUGGUGAAAAAAGAAGUGGCGACGUGUGGGAGGGGGCGUUGGGCGUAAACAGCUGUGGUCAUAGUAUUUGUUUUUUUAAAGGGCGGACAUUGAGACUAGAAAUUUAAUGAUCACAAGGGCGAAAAAAUUGAUUCUUUGGCUUGAAAUUUAAUUAAACAGUAUAGUGCUACCUACUACAUAUAUUAUACAAAUUCAAAAUGUCUAUUUCAAGUGCAUUUUAUAGGAAAAUGUUGUAGUUAAAAAAACUGUGUAUGCACUGAUUGGGAGUUCGUAAUUGAUCUUCGGACACAUAUGCCUACAUGUAUGUAUGUAUAAAUGUAUGUACAUAUGUAUACAGGUACACAUUUAUGUUUUUGGCUACGAAUUGGCUGAGUUGGAAAUAAGAAAAUAUUUUGCAAAGAAGAAUCAACUUGAAUACCUUCUAAGAUCAAAGUCAAUCACUGUACUUUCAAUCUUGUGACCCUAUACACUAACACCAAAAAAAAUCAUGACCACCGCCGAUUGCAUGGAAUCGCUGCUCAGCUCUAUGUCUAGCACAUUUGAUGCUGAAUGCGCUACGAGCACCGCUGAAGGUGGUUCGUUACUCAAUCACGAUUUGGCCGAAGACAAAACAUUGAAAUGGCGUACUUUGGUGAAUAAUCAAUUCGCAUGUAAAGAUAAGGACAGAAAAGUACAACCAAACAAGCAGCAAGCGACAGCUGCAGAGGCCAACAGCACUCUACAAGAGGAAAAACAAAGUCAAAAUAGCAUUACCACCAGCACAAGCAGCACUACCUCCAGCAACAGCAACAAAAAUAACAAUGAAGAUAUAAAAUCGGAACCACUGCCAAAGCAGGGCGAUAAGCAGCUAGAGGAUGGAGGAGCAGAACACAAGUCAGUAGAUAAAGUUUCACCUGCACAUGAUAUAAGACAACUCGAGCAGGAAGAAUGUAUCGCAACCGCAGACUUCAUGGAGGAGCAAAUGAAAGCCCUCUUGGCCGAUGAUGAAGACUUGCAACACCUCAAUGAAGCUAACACAAGCACCGCUGCUGCCCAUGAAUCCCAAAAUUGUGCGCCAGCUGUUAGCAAGGAGGAGGCAGUAGCUGGCGAUGAUAAGCUGUCCUUGCAUGAAAGUGAAUCCUCCUCAAUAGUAGCAAGUGGCAUAAGCGAUGAUGCGGCAAGCAGAAAAAGGCGUAGCAACACCAGUACAAGCAACAGCAACUGCAGCAAUUAUAACAGCAGCAGUAGCAAUGCGAGCGUUGGCACACUUGCGCAAGGUCAAUCGGACGAGAGCUGCUUCCACGAUGGCGGCGUAACGGAGAUGAAACGUUCAUGCAAUCAGGUUGUUACGGUAAUGCCAGAAGUACAAUUGGAGCAGAUAGUGGUAACGCAGUCAGCUGAUGUCAUACCGGAAGGCGGUUUAGUAGCUGCAACCAUAACAGCGGAUGCUGCAGAUUUGCUUUUAGUAGAAUUAGAUGCAAUCAAGAAGGAUAAUGACGAUGUGGAGGAGCAGCAGAUGGUCGUGUCUGGAGUAAACGAUGACCCUUGUGAUUUGCCGAUUGAUGGUAGCUUAACUACAACCAUAAUAACAGCUGUAACAGCUGAAUUAACGAAUGGUGAACAAAACGUGGCCUUAGCCUGCAGCGACAGUUGCCAAGAAGGUGCACAAAAGAGUGUAGAUCAGGGUGCGGCCACAGUGAGUGAGAAUACGAAAACCAGCGAUAGCACUGAGGACCACAACGAUGUUGCUGAUAAAAAUGCAUCCAAUGUGCGUGCGGCCAGUGUCAGCCCACUGCGUCGCUUACGACGGACACGCCGUUUUUCUGAGGUAGCCAUUUCCAAUGAAACACUGCCACAGGUCACCACCACAAAUGCAGUGACGAAGAUAGAAAAUCUGGAUAUUACUGCUGAAGCAAAGGCACAACUUCCGGCAAAGGUGGAAACGCCAACAAACCCAGCUCCUGUACAAAUAAACGAUGUUGAACUGCCAGUGACGACUACAGUGGCGGCUGGCGCGCUUGAAGUGGCCGCAGCUGCAGCGGCUGCUGCAGCACAAGCGCAACUACAGCAGCAGCCAGGUAAACGUGGGCGUGGCCGCGGUAGAAAAAUUACUGUUACGAUGGAGGGAUUUGAGCAAAGUGUGGAUGUUGCGAUGAAGGAGGAAGGAAAGCAACAGUUAUUGACAGCACAAAUGCCCUUGGAUACACCAACAGCAGCGACAAAAACCACGACGAUGCCGGCGCAAGAGCGCAAAAUUGUAGGACGCAAGCGCAAGCAGUUUGAGGACAACAGCAGCAAUGUCGCUACAGAAAUUGCGCCAGCUAUUAAAAUUGAGCCGGAUGCUAGCGAGAGCAACGCCGGCAAGGACGAGGCGCUUAGUCCCACUGUCACCGCGGCAGUAGCUGGUAAUGGAAGUGGCGAUAGCGGUAAGCGUAUGCGACGUAGCGUCCGGCUGGGCAAUCGUGCGGAUGUGGGUGUGACGUCCGCUAGCAUCGGCAAGCAGCUGGAGGGUCCAACACUCGAAGAAAUCAAAAUUGAACCAGUAGCAGCCAGCACCAACACAAAGCCCUCGCUGUUACUUACUGAUCCGCUCAGCUUAACUGAAGCGCCGCCCCCGAAUACAGAAAGGGUCCCUAUUGCCGUGGUGGAAGAGCGCACGCCGCCAAAGAAGAGGGGACGCAAAUCGAAACUGCAUCACUUACAGCAACAACAGGAUAAAUCACAGUCUUAUGCAAACAGCGAGAGCAGCGAUCAGACACCGCCAGGCUCGGCAACAAAGCGCGGUGUUCACAGCAACAACGAUAUGGUCAUUCCGAAGCGCUCGCAGCGACGCAUUAAACCAACCACGAAAAUACUUGAAAACAGUCAGCUGCGCUAUGAAUUCGAAACGAAUAAUAUUGUGCGCUUGACGCAGACGCAAAAUUGGGAAGAUUGCGGUGGGGGUGGCACGCAAAACACAGGUGCAGGCGAACCGGCAACUGCCGGCGGUAGCCACGCGGAAACGGAGAAACCUAUCAGGCAGCCGAAAUCUGAGAAGGCGGAGCGUGCAGAUAUCAAUGAAGAAAAGGCAGUCGUUCCCAGCACGAGUUCCACUAAGAAAAAAUUAUGCCCCAAGUUGCUGCGUGAUAUUGAAGCAUCACGGGCUGCGCUGCUGGCUAAGGAACAAGCGCAGCUGGCGCGUCCUCACUGCCCGGACGUAGAGAAAUUUCUCAGCGAAAUCAAGGUUGCGAAGUGGCAUACGAAUCGCUUGACGGAGGAGCGCAAACUAACAAAGAAGCAGCUGCGCAAGUUGGCCAAGCAGAAGGAAAAUAAUUUGCGUAAGCUUGGACUGCGUCGCAACACCACUGAUGAGGCGAGCGAUGUAGAAAGCUUGAGCGACAAUGAAGAAUUUGUGCCGACCACCCGCGUGCAGGUGGAGCGCCGCAGUCACACAUUGCGGCAGCGCGCGAUACGUGAGCGUACUCCUACGCCAACAGCGGCGACGACAGCAGCACCACAAGUUCACCAGCCGGCACUGAUGCGCGCAGUAACCACCUCGCCGACGACGAGCACAAAAGUGGGGCGCAAACCACAGGCGCGACAACGAGCAGCCACCGCCGACAAGCAGCCAGCCGCAGCGCAGAAACGUUCAGUGAACACGGGUGCCGGCGCUGGCGUGACCAAGCCACAACUUUCUCAGGUGGCCUCAAUGGAGGUAAUUGAAAUCAAUGAGUCCUCACAGGAGGUGCAGUCGUUGCAAUCACCCAAGAGUAUUUCGACCGGCGUUGGACUGGCCGCUACUGCAAGCGCGUUAAAUGCCAUUGGCACUGUGAUCACCAUGUCAAUGCCGUCGCCGCCAACCGCUAGGCAGGCAAAGAAGCCGCAGCGCGGUUUGAUCUGCUACUGCGAGCAGAAGACACAAUUCUACACUCGCAAUACACCCGAUACGGCCUACUGUUGGGCCAUUGACAAUAUCGAGGAGCAGAAGGUGGGCUGUAGCAAUCAGUUGAACGGCGAGGUUUUCAAUUUGCUGCGUCCAAGUCAGCGCGUCAGCUACAUGGUGCUUUGCGAAGAUCACAAGAAGCGGCUGCGAACGCAUAAUUGCUGCGCUAGCUGCGGCAUAUUUUGUACUCAGGGUAAAUUUGUGCUUUGCAAGCGUCAACAUUUUUUCCACACCGAAUGCGCUGAGAAAUUCAUACUCAGCAGUCCCAUCGAUCCGCAACAGCCAGCCAGUAACUACACUAGUCCUACAUUGGUGCUGAAGUGUCCGCACUGUGGCAUCGAUACGCCAGAACGUACCUCCAUCGUCACGAUGAAAUGCCAAACAUUGCCUGUAUUCUUGCCUAGUCAAAGAGCGCCAAAAAUCAAACCUGCAAAACUUUCGUUGCCUGCUUUGAGUGGCGCUCCACAACCCAACGGUCACUCCAGCGCCGCGUUGGGUGUAGUUGCGAAUAGUGCUACAUCCGCCAGCAGUGGCAUCGUUGCCGCUUCGUCGCUUGCUGUUGCCACCAACUCAGUGCCUAAACGAACGAAAUCACUCCAAAUAAAUUUCGAACAGCUGAUACCCGAAUCUGUAAUGAAUGUAGUGUUGCGUGGUCGAGCGUCGAGCACCAGAGAUGGACGCCGUGGCGCGAGUAGUACACGCAGUUCCAUUUCGGAAUUCUCCACGCGUGACAUGUACUACGCGGUGAAGAAUGAUGAUCUCGAACGAGUCGCGGAAAUACUCGCCUCCGAUUUCGAUGUUAAAACGCGUAUGCGCGAAUUCCUAAAUGGAACUUGCUUGCAUUUGGUUGCGUUGUCUGGCACUUUGCCCAUGGCUUUUCUGCUACUUUGCAAGGGCUAUGCGAAAGAAUUUGUGAAUAUGUUGGAUCGUGAGCUGCGUACAGCAUCGAUGUGUGCCGUUUUGGGUGACAAGUGCGAAAUACUGAAUUUGUUCAUACAAUGCGGCGCUGAUUUGGCGAUAAAGGGUUUGGAUGGCAAAACUUGUUUGCACAUUGCCGCCAAAUUGGGAAACUUGGAAGCGGCUCAAAUAAUUGUCGAUAGCUAUAGAUCAUGUCGUAGUAUCUUAAGCUUCAUGGAUUUCAUUAAUGCCCAGGAUGAUGGUGGCUGGACUGCUUUGGUAUGGGCCGCGGAAUUGGGGCAUACGGAAAUUGUGAGUCUCCUCCUAAACCACGGUGCUGAUCCGAAUAUUUGCGAUAAUGACAAUAAUACCGUUCUACAUUGGGCCACAUUACACAACAAUGGCUUGGAUACGAUCACAAUGUUGCUGCAGGCCGGCACCGACUGUAAUGUGCAAAAUGUGGAGGGUGAUACGCCACUACACAUCGCCUGUCGUCAUUCCAUCACCCGUCUGUGCAUUGCACUCAUCGCAAAUGGUGCCGAUUUGAUGGUUAAAAACAAGGCGGACGAGCUGCCAUACGAUUGCAUACCGCACGAAGAUUCGGAGUGUGCGCGUACUGUUGGUUUCAAUAUGCAAAUGCGUUCAUUCCGCCCACUGGGGCUACGCAGUCGCAUAGUUUGUGAUGACAUAUCGAAUGGGCGAGAGGCGCGACCCAUACAGGUUGUGCGCAAUGAGCAGACAUUUUCUCGAAAUGUAGCUGGCGGCGAGCAAAAUGGUGGUAGUGAGGCGACAUCAGCCUCUGUUGCAAUUGUGAGCCAUGACGAAUCAGAUGAGAUUAUGUUGCCCGAUUUGAAAUAUAUUAAAAAGUCAAUAAUAUUGCAAAAUUGCACGCCAAUCGAUUAUCGAGUGGCGCAAAUGCGCAUUUGCUCGUGCUUGGAUGGCUGCAUUUCCUCACAAUGCCAAUGCACAGAAGCAUCCGGCCAAAAUUGGUAUACUGCUGAAGGUCGCUUGUGCGCUGAUUUUAAUUUCGAAGACCCAGUGCCAAUAUUCGAGUGUAAUGAUGUUUGCGGUUGUAAUAAGCUGUCAUGUCGAAAUCGCAUUGUACAAAAUGGCAUACGUAUACCACUACAAGUGUUCGAAUGCAGCGAUCCCACCAAGGGUUGGGGUGUACGCACGCUGGUGCAUAUACCAAAAGGCACCUUCGUCUCAGAAUAUAUCGGCGAAAUACUUAGUAACACAGAAGCCGAUCGACGCACCGACGAUAGCUACUGCUUUGAUUUGGAAAAUGGUCAUUGUAUCGACGCAAAUUACUUUGGCAACGUUAGUCGCUUCUAUAAUCACUCAUGCGAGCCGAAUAUAGUUUCGGUGCGCGUAUUUUUCGAGCAUCAGGAUUAUCGCUUUCCGAAAAUAGCAUUUUUCGCCUGUCGCGAUAUUGAGGCGGGCGAGGAGUUGUGUUUCGAUUAUGGCGACACAUUUUGGCUGUUCAAAAAUCGUCAUCUCUCCUGCAAGUGUUUAGCGGCUGCUUGUCGUUAUGCGGCUGCUACCCCUAGUGGUGAGGGUAUUGAUGUUGAGAGCACAAAUGCCACGUUGUUGCCCACGGUUUCACUCAGCGUGCUGCAGCAAGCAAACGAGGUGACCGUCGUAAGUGUUCAGACAGCGACAGGCAAUAGCAAUUUAAGAAAUGGUCAUGCUGCCUAAAGGGUUUAGGUUUUUUUUUUGGUUUAGCUUUAGUUGUUUGCUUUUUUGCAAAAGUAACGUAUGAGGUUUGAGUUGCUGUGUGUAAGUUGAUCUGUAAAAUAAUUUUUAACAUUUAGUUUCUAAUACUAUAUAUAAAUAUAUUACUUAUAUUAUUAUGUCCUCAGAGUUUUUAUGUGCUUUUGUAUAAAAAAUAUAGCGUAAAAUGAAAAUAGCAUUUUUAUAGGUUUGUUUUUUUGUUCUUGUUAUAAAUAUAUAUAGUAGCUCACGCUUGUAAUAUAUAACGUUGCCUGCACUAUUUACUGCCAAUUUAUUCUUUUCUUUACUAACUUUGUUUUGUUUGCGUUUGCUAAUAUUUAUCUAUAACUUAAUUUCAUUACUCAUAUCUACGAAGUAGUCAUAGAAAUGACUUUGUAAAGGCUAUCUUACAUAUACUACAUACUUAUAUGUACAUAUACAUAAAUACGUAUGUAACAAUUAUACAUAAUCAUAAUGCUAAAAUAAAAGCACUCUGCACUUUACAUAUAUAUAUACAGUCAGCGUCAAAAACAUGCAUACCCUGACGUUUUGACGAUUUUAUUAAUUGCUAUUUUCCAAACCAAAUUUAUCUUAUAAAAUUAUAGUUUAUUUAACAGCAAAAACCACUUUUUUUAUUACUUAGAAAUAUUUCGAAUAUGUAGUUUUGAAGCCCAUUAAAUUUCACUACGAUAAAGUGCAGGUUACAAGUCGCUUAAAAUAACCGUUGAUUUUUGAGAUUUUUGUUUUUUGUCGACGGUGUUGCGCAUUUCCUUCCAUAUAAUGCCCGAACGAAG